AUCAAUCCCCUUCAGCUCAACAAAUCACCCCAAUAAAUAAGGCCCCGAACCCCUAAUCUUCAUCCGCAGCACUUCCAGAUCUACGGAUGAAGCGCCCCCUCGCCGACGGCGGCUCUAACUCCGCGGCGGCCGUGUACACUCAUCCCGGCGACAAUGAUGCGAACAAGAAGAUCAAGCCGGAAGGUAAAGAAGACGAAGAGGAAGAAAUGUCAAAGGAAGCAGAGGCAGUGUUGCUGGACGAAAAUCUCUUGUACGAGGUGCUGCGGCAUGUGGACGAUGGUCGCACUCUAGCCAAGGCUGCGUGCGUUAGCCGGCAGUGGAAGCGGACGGCGCACGACGAGCGGCUGUGGGAGUUGAUCUGCACGAAGCACUACCACCGCAGCCCGAUCCAGCUGCGCGCCGUCGUGUUGGCUCUGGGCGGCUUCCGCCGCCUGUACUCGAGCCACCUCUGGCCGCUGCUGAAACCCACUUCUUCUACGUCUUCAGCGCCGGCUGCUGUUUCCACGUGGCCUUGCCUUCCUUUAGCUCCGGCGGCGCCGCCAGGUGCUCCCAGAUCUAAGGCUCGCUGGGGUAAGGAUGAGGUCAAUCUUUCACUAUCUUUGCUCUCGAUUAAGUACUUUGAAAAGAUGAGUUUUAAUCGGAGCAAAUGAGAAAUUAUUGCAUCUCAUUGGUUCCCUUGACGAUGUUCUUUUUCUUUUUCAAACUUUCAAGUUUAGUUUCCUGCUUGUAAUAUUUGGGGCGAUUGUAUAUAUAUGUGCAAUUACUGUACUCUAAUGAAUUACUUGUAUUAUUACAUCCGUUUGGUCCUACAUUUGACAGAUAUACACAAACUCCUUUGGCAAGAGUGGUCUUACCAAUACCUGCCAUCCCAACUAUUGAGACAAUUUGGAGUCAAGUUGAAUAUUCUGUAAGUAUAUCUUUGAUUUUAAUCAGAUCUUUAUCUAAUCUAGUAAUUUUUGAAUUCUUUCCACCCGAACUAUUGGAGAUGAGAUCAGUUACUAAAUGACACUACCUGAUUAAGGAAGUGAGACUAUUUUGUUUGCAUAUUUGAAGAAAAAAAAUGCUAUCUUUCAUUAAAGAACUGAUCAUUUUGGUGGAAAGAAGUUGCGAAAAUUGUUGGAUUAGACAAUGAUUUGAUUAAACUUAAAGUUGUGUUUAGAGGGUAUUCAACCUAAUUUCUAAAUUGUGUCAACGGUUGCGAUGUCAGGAAUUGGUAAGACACCUCUUGCCAAAGAAGUUUAUGUAUGUCUAUUAAUAGAGGAUUAUUUGGAAUGUACUAAUACUACAAUAACUAGAGGACUAUGUUAGAGGAAGAAUGUUGGUGAUGUAUAGAGAGCUCGGCCAUCUUUUGACUCUGUAUCAUGUCUAAAUUCUUAAUGUUGACUUCCAAUUUUCUCCUUUUAGCAGUAGUUUGAUUCUGAUUGUUAUAAAAUGCUUCAUUUAUAUA